UCCAGAUCCUUUACAAAGAGGUGGUCAAGCACUAUUGAAGAUUGAAAACAUUGCUAAAUCAUGUGGUGCAGUGGCAAUUCUUUCUACCAUUAGUUAUCACUGGGCAGUCCAGGCAGGUUCAGUUAAAAAUAUGAUCUCAUUGACUGGUAAAAAUCAGAAAUCCAAAGCUCGGUGGCCUAAUCUUCCUUGGUUACAUACAGAUUCUUGGAUUAAGAACUCCAAAAACGUGGUUGUGGAAGGUAUAGCAGAUGAAUUUGAACCACAGGGAGAUGAUGUAUGUUUUCUGCAAUUCACAUCAGGUUCGACUGGCGAUGCUAAAGGAGUCAUGAUAACUCACGGUGGGCUCAUUCAUAAUGUUAAGUUAAUGCGAAAGAGAUACAAGAGCACGUCAAAGACAGUUCUAGUAAGCUGGCUCCCUCAAUACCAUGACAUGGGGCUGAUCGGAGGGCUUUUCACAGCUCUUGUUAGUGGUGGAACUGCAAUUUUGUUUUCCCCAUUGACAUUCAUCAGGAAUCCAUUGUUGUGGCUCCAAAUCAUGAGCAAAUAUCAGGCUACUCACAGUGCUGGCCCCAAUUUUGCCUUCGAGCUAGUAGUUCGAAGGCUGGAGUCUGACAAUAAAAGAAAAUUUGACCUUUCUUCCAUGACUUUCCUCAUGGUUGCUGCUGAACCAGUUAGGCAGAAAACUGUGAAAAGAUUUGUUGAGCUCACUCAUCCUUUUGGUUUAUCUCAAGAGGUGAUGGCACCUGGUUAUGGAUUGGCAGAAAAUUGUGUGUUUGUCAGUUGUGCAUAUGGUGAAGGGAAGCCUAUCAUGGUAGAUUGGCAAGGAAGAGUUUGUUGUGGGUAUGUGAAUCCAGAUGAUGAAGAUGUUAACAUUAGAAUAGUUGAUCCAGAGAGUGGUGAGGAGCUCAAAGAAGCAGGAAAGGAAGGAGAGAUCUGGAUCAGUAGUCCCAGCGCUGGAAUUGGGUACUGGGGAAGGGAAGAACUGAGCCAGAAAACUUACAGAAACAAGCUUCCUGACCAUCCUGGACGUAAUUACACUAGAACUGGGGACUUGGGACGAGUAAUUGACAGAAAACUGUUCAUCACUGGAAGAAUCAAGGAUCUUAUCAUUGUAGCAGGAAGGAACAUUUACUCAGCAGAUGUAGAGAAGACAGUGGAGAGUGCAUCAGAACUUGUACGCCCUGGAUGUUGUGCUGUCAUUCCUGUUCCGGUGGAAAUCCUAUCAACGAAAGGUAUUACAGUUUCAGACAGCUCUGACCAGGUUGGUUUGGUUGUAAUUGCGGAGGUUAGGGACGGUAAACCUGUUGGCAAGGAUGUAGUUGAACAAAUUCAAGCUCGUGUUGCAGAAGAGCAUGGGGUUAGUGUUGCUUCUGUCAAGAUGAUCAGGCCAAAAACCAUUAGUAAAACAACAUCAGGAAAAAUCAAAAGAUUUGAAUGCCUCCAACAGUUUACUGAUGGAACAUUGAAUGUUGUACCAGAACCAAUUAUAACCCAGAGAAGACUGCUUCGGUCCUUCACUACAGGAACAUGCAAGGAAGGAAUAACCCCUCGUCCUCAACUUGUGAGAAGUUCUCCUCCACCAAGCCCCAAGUUAAGUAAUAAAGAAAUUGUAGACUUCUUGAAACGCCUAGUUUCCGAGCAGACCGGUAUUUCGAUCAACAAGAUCUCUAACACUGAAAGUCUAGUAUCUUAUGGAAUUGACUCAAUUGGUGUGGUCAGAGCAGCUCAAAAACUUUCUGACUUUCUUGGCUUACCGGUAGGAGCUGUGGAUAUUUUCACUGCAACCUGCAUUGCUGACUUAGCAAGCUUCUCGGAGAAUCUGGUAAUGAAUUCUCAACCUCAACUGUUAACAACACCAUCCAAUGUUCCACAGCCUGAUACUGGGAUUGAUUCUGCUGAGCUUGUGAUGGAAAUUCCUGAGACUCAUCACUUGGUUAUCUCGUUAUUCCAACUUCUGGCUCUUAUUUAUGUUGCUCUUAUGCUGUCCAUUCCUGCAUAUCUAUCAGUUUCUGCUUUUAUGAGUUGUGUCUCAGCUACCCAUACGUUGGUAGAAGGAAUUCCCUAUUUAGAUUAUUUGACCCUUCUCACUUUUGCUCCCCUUGCUUGGAUCUUUUGCAUACUUUCUACCUGUGUUUCAAUAGCUUUCUUGGGGAAUUCUUUCUUAAAGCCAAACUAUGCCCUGAACCCUGAAGUUUCCAUCUGGUCAAUGGAUUUUGUUAAGUGGUGGGCUCUUUACAAGGCCCACGAAGUUGCUUCCAAAGUUAUGGCGGAGCAUCUGCGAGGAACUGUGUUCCUCAAGUAUUGGUUUGAGAUGCUUGGAGCUAGGAUUGGAUCCUCAGUUUUGCUUGAUACAGUUGACAUAACAGACCCAUCUCUGGUUUCAAUUGGAGAUGGAGCUGUGAUCGCAGAAGGGGCUUUGAUUCAAAGUCAUGAAGUGAAGAAUGGAGUCUUAAGCUUCCUCCCGAUAAGAAUUGGACAAAACUCAUCAGUUGGCCCCUACUCAGUUGUCCAAAAGGGAACUAUUUUGGGAGAAGAGGAUGAGGUCAUGGCCUUACAAAAAUGUGGAAGCAAAUCUGCUGUCAAGGCUAAAAAUCUUCAGAAUGGUAAAAUGCUGCCAAAUGUUACAAUGGAAACUCAAGAUGAGGCCAUUUACCAGUUCAUAGGCAUCUACAUAGUUGGGCUGCUCGGUACUCUCUCAGCUUCUGUUGUGUACUUAGUCUACAUUUGGAUGUCUCAAAAGCCUCUUUCCCCUCAAGAAUUUGCAUUUUCUUGCAUAUUUGGGGCCUUUCACUGGAUGCCUUACACCAUCAUAGCAUAUGCCAUCAUGUUUUCUGAUGUGCCAUCAAACAUAAUUUACUUAUCCAUCUCGAUGGCUGUUGCUUAUUUAUCUUAUGGCAUAGUACUCAGCUUCCUCACAAGUGCUUUGACCCAUUUUAUUUCUAGUAAACAAGACAAAAAGACAUCCCAUUUCAGAACUUGGCUAUGCCGCCGAAUCACCAUUGCCUGCCACCUUAGAUUUGCUAAGCUCCUGUCUGGAACAGAAGCCUUCUGCAUGUACUUGCGGCUUCUGGGUGCAAAGGUUGGGAAACAUUGUUCUAUCAGGGCCAUCAAUCCAAUUUCAGACCCGAAAUUGAUUUCACUCGGUUCUGGUGUCCAUCUUGGUGAUUUCAGUCGGAUUAUUGCUGGGUUUUAUUCCUUUAAUGGGUUUAUUAGUGGGAAAAUUGAGGUGCAGGAUAAUUCAGUAGUUGGGAGUGAAAGCGUAGUCCUUCCUGGUUCAGUUAUUCAGCAAGAUGUUAUUCUUGGUGCACUUUCAGUUGCACCAGUGAAUUCAGUGCUCCAAGCAGGUGGUGUUUACAUUGGAUCUCAAACUCCAAUCAUGAUCAAGAACACCAUGCAUUCGUUGGAUGACAGAAUAGAAGAGAUGGACAUAAAAUAUAAGAAAAUAGUUGGUAAUCUUGCUGCAAAUUUGGCUGCCACAACUCUGAAGGUUAAGUCAAGAUAUUUCCAUCGAAUUGGUGUUAGUGGGAAGGGAUACUUGAAGAUUUAUGACAACAUCAAGGGCUUGCCAGACCACAAGAUCUUCUGCCCUGGAAAGAGCUACCCUGUCAUAAUCCGGCACAGCAAUAGCUUGAGCGCUGAUGAUGAUGCAAGGAUUGAUGCACGUGGUGCAGCUAUACGAAUACUUUCAGACGAAACUAAUGACUCUGCACUGUUUGACCUGACACUGAAGACAGGAAAGGCAUUCUAUGCCCGCACAAUUGCAGAUUUUGCAACAUGGCUAGUCUGUGGGCUUGCUGCAAGGGAGGAGUAUGUUAAGCGAGCCCCGCAUGUGCGUGAUGCAGUAUGGACAUCCCUGCGCCAUGCAAACUCAUAUGCUGAGCUGCAUUACUACUCAAAUAUAUGCAGGCUGUUCCGGUUCACAGAUGGACAAGAAAUGUAUGUAAAAUUCAAGUUGAGGCCUUCUGAUGAGAAUAUUAGUGAGGAAGCUGGUAAGGUAGAGCCCAUUGGGAUUCUUCCACCUGAUACAGGUGCAAUUCCGAGGGAUGAUAAGGAUACUCGCCCUCUACUUUUCCUUGCAAAAGAUUUCAAAAGCCGUGUAAAUGACCAAGGUGGUGUUCGUUAUGUUUUCCAGUUACAAGUCCGGCCAGUUCCACAUGAUGAAAGUGCCCGUGACAUUGCACUUGACUGCACAAAACCAUGGAAUGAUGCUGAGUUCCCAUAUAUUGAUGUUGGAGAGAUUAACAUCAACCAGAUGCUAUCUGCAGAAGAAUCAGAACAGCUGGACUUUAAUCCUUUUCUUCAAUGCCAUGAAGUGGGUGUCAUCCAGGCUUCGUCAUGCUCCCAGAGUGCUUCAAUUGAUCAUGGACGUUCAUUGAUCUAUGAGAUAUGCCAGCACCUGAGGAACGGUGAACCCCUUCCGGAGGCUUGGAAGAUCUUCCUACAGCAGUCUGAUGUCAAAGUAGACCUUUCUGGUUGUCCAAUGGCAGCAGCAUUGAAGAAAAACGACGCACAUAAAGUGACCCUGGAAAGAACAUUGUUUCAGACUCUGUGGGCCACUUUUGCUCAACCUUUACUGCAGAUCGUGCUACCUCAUUUCCUGCUGGGGCUAGUAAUCUAUGCUCCUCUGAACUGGACUCUUUACUUGAAGGAUGCUCAAAAACUCCCUCUGCAUUGGUUGUUUCCAUUGUUUUGGGUUUCUUCAGGUUGUUUGGCUGGUUUAGCUUGUGUUGUGGCUAAAUGGUUAUUGGUAGGAAAGAAGAAAGAAGGUGAAGCUGUGCACAUUUGGAGCAUAGGGGUGUUUUUGGACACUACAUGGCAGGCCUUCAGAACUCUAGUUGGAAGCUACUUCAUGGAAAUGACAAGUGGGUCCAUUUUCUUUGUCCUGUGGAUGAAGCUAAUGGGUUCAGAGAUUGAGCUGGACCAAGGAGCUUAUGUAGACAGCAUGGGAGCACUUCUGAACCCAGAAAUGGUGGAGAUUGAGAGAGGUGGAUGUGUGGGAAGAGAUGCUCUUUUGUUUGGGCACAUAUAUGAAGGUGAUGAAGGAAAAGUUAAGUUUGGAAAGAUAAGUAUAGGGGAAGGUGGUUUUGUAGGGAGCAGAGCAAUAGCCAUGCCAGGGGUGAGAGUGGAGAGUGGGGGCUGUCUUAGUGCUCUCUCCCUGGCCAUGAAAGAAGAAAUUGUCAGGUCAAAGUAAAGGGUUGUUGCUUCCAUAUUUAUGUUUUUAUGUACUGAUAAAUAAAAAGUUGUAAUGCUUUGCUGCCUGCAUAUGAUGCAAAGCUGGCUGGAAAUUUUGAUUAAGUUAAAUAUUUAUCUCUAUA